AUGGAGCCAGAGACAUCAGCUCUUUCCAGGCCCAGCCUCGAUCUUUGCCAUUCCCAGGAGGAUGUUCGUGAAAUAAGUCCAGAGUUUCCAGAGGAAAAUGUGACAUAUGUUGAACUCAAAGUUAAGGGUUUUUCAGAUACUCAGAAGAAAAGAGGACAUAGAAUUUUGAAAUUAGAAGCCUCUCCCUGGUGCCUUGCUGCAGUAAGUUUUGCCUUCCUUUAUUUGAUCGUUCUCAUAGCUGCUGCAGCAAUGACAGCUAAGGUUCGUUGCCUAGAAGAGAUACUGAAAAAUAAGAUGAAUGAUCAAAAUGGUGCUGAGUACUGCAAAAUCAUAUAGCAAAACAGGCAACUAUGACCACAGGAAGCAAUGUUAAAUUCAGAAUCAUAACAACAUCCACCCAUGAAGAAAGAGGGAAGAAGAAGAAGAAAGAGUCAACGAGAAAGAAGAAAACCACGAAGUUCACAAAGCAUUGACAAAUAAAUAAGCAUAUUUUAUAUGAGUUCCUUUAGAAAUCUGGAAACAUAUUAGUUAAAACAUAGAGAAGCAGUAUAUUUUAUAGCUGGAAACAAUGAAAAAGAAAAGAGACACCAUGAAUAAUUAAGUUGCCACGGGGAAAUUAUGCUGAUUGCUACUAUAAAUAUGAUUUUUUAAAAGAAAUACUGACUCUUAGUGAAAAUAAUUUUCACCUUCUCUGAGUUCCUAUUGAGCCUUUUCACCGCAGGGAAGUGAGUGGGUUAGAACAGAAAGUUUUUAGAACAAGCAUAAGUGCAGCUCUCGUCAAAAGAAAGGAGAGCUAGCAUAUGGUAAAAAUUAUUCCUGAAGUAAAAGGUGAAUCAGUCAUGAUUUCAUAGAAUAUAUUAAGAGUCAUCCCAUUCUUAGCAACCAGUUUCAAGAUUCCAUAGUUAAAUGUCAAAUUUUAACAAGAACACAACCUAAAUUUAAGAAUUUAUUUUACAAAUAGAUGUCGAGCUUUUACAUAAGAAAAUACCAUUUCAAUCCAGGUUGACAUCAGAUACUGUCAGUAUGAGACACACAGUAUGAACCCAUCAGACUCAGAAAAUAGAGAAAUUCAGCAAAAAAAAAAAAAAAACUAGCACUGAUCUUUUAUGAGCAAUUCUUUUUCUCCAUUUCUUUAGAACAGUUAGAUGAAGUAAAAAGUGCAAAGUCAAUUAUCUCUUAUAUAAAGGAAUAUAUUCUUUCCUUGGGGAGGGAUGUAUUUUGAAAUUCAGAUUUUUUUUUUAAUUUACAAAUGUUCCAUAUGGAUAAACACAUACAAACUAAUGGCUAGGGGGGAAUCUUUGAAAAUCAAACACAUUGUUUCUUAAGCAGAAAAUAAAACACAAAUUGCAUAAUUAGCUUGGUUUGGCUUUUGGCACCUAUGAAAACAUUUUCAUCUAGAGAUAGAUAAAGCUUUGUGGGGGGGACGGAAGCCUUGCGUCUCUCGGUACGUAGAAUAGCAUACCCUCAUAUUUCCAUUACAACACUGAAUGGUUUUAAAUGUGAAAAUCAUCCACUCAAUAAUAACCUCCAGGAUGGCAUAGUCCCCUGAGGAGAACAAGUCUAGUUUAGUUUACAAUAAAGGCAGCAAACGUGGGCUUGGGGAAGAAUAGCAUACUUUUAAAAAGAAAUUAUUUUUAUUGAAUCACCAUAAGAUACACUGUUACAAAGCUGCUCAUGGUUGGGUUUCAGUCAUACAAUGUUCCAACACCCAUCCCUCAGCCAAUGUACAUUUUCCAUCACCAAUGUCCCCACUUACCCUCCGGCC